GACAUCGUCAUCCUAGUUAGACUUCUGAAUCUACUUCGAUUACUUUUACCAUAACGACUUCAACAGCAACAACAAUACACUUUUGCCAUGGACAUGAAUUUCGGUACAUUGUUGGACUUGGAUCGUGUUCAACACGGCGACUUGGAGCCCGCCGCCACCGCCGCCGGAUCGUCGAUCACGGUGAUCGUGUCGUCGAGCAACAACAACAGCAGCAACAGCAGCACCAGCAGCAGCCGCAGUACGCCGUCAAGCUUUCCGCCGGUCACUGACUACCGCCAUCAGCACCGCCGCCAACAGCAGCAGCACGUCCAUCCCGGCGCCGUAGACGUCCACCGUCACCAACGCGACCGCGACGACCGCCACGACGGCGUGGACAACAUGCACGCGACCCAAUUAUCCUCGUCGGCCGUAAACGGAUACGACAACAUGAUGAUCGCGGGAUACAACAAUUACUGCAGCAGCGCCGCCGCCACGUACGAUCCGUACAACGGCUACACGCAAACGUUCGCCCCGCUGCCGCCAUACGACGACAUUCGUAACUCAGCUCCACUGUUGCCCCUCUUACACCCACAGCAGCACAUGCCACAGCAACACGGUCCCGCGUUACUCGGUAGCGACGAGAUGCAGACCGGCACGGUCAGCGUGCAGCGCAAACGGGAGAAGCAGAAGCGCCAGCGGACCGCUUACUCGAGCGAGCAACUGAUGCACUUGGAGGAGUCGUUCACGGCCAACCAGUACUUGAACAGAGCCAGGCGCAUCGAUUUGGCUCGGACUCUACGGCUUACGGAGAGGCAGAUUAAAAUUUGGUUUCAAAAUAGGCGCAUGAAAGAGAAGAAGUCCAAAAGGGAUUCCAGCCAAGUGGAAUCGACCAGCGGCGGAGUGACGGCCAUGACGCCGGUGACCUUGGCUGCGAUCAGCGGUCCGCCGGCGGCGGUGCCGGUAACCGUGGCCGGUUGUGGUUACGGCGCCGGUCAUUACGCCGCGGACAACGGCUGCUCGUCGCCGACCGUCAACAUGGCGAUGAAGUACAGCCCGUCGAGCACGUACUCGACGCCGUCGCCGCCUGGCGUCGCACAGCACCAUCACCAGCACCAUCAGCUCGUCGAACAUCAGCGCCCGGGACCGUCGGGCACAGCGCACCACUUUUCAUCGUAUGCGGCCAACAUGUACAACGGAGUAGGAGCAGGAGGAGGCUCUUGCACGAUGCCGCCCACGUACGAGGAAACCGUCAACGGACAGCACCAGUCCGUGCCGCUGCCGCCGCAAGUGCACCUGCACUGGUAUCCGACCUCGGUCAUAGCGUCUCAUGACUCGACCGCCGACGGGUUGCAGUGACUCGUUAAGCUUUUGACGGCGACGACCGCGGACAGUGGGAAGGGAGUGCCGGGAGAGGGUCCGCCUCGUGCUUCCGAUGCGAUCUCAGUCCGGAAUCGAAUCGGAAGCUCGUCGCACCUUACCAACGGUUUUAUAUUUUUUUUUCGCUUUACAUUUUAUUAUUUUCAUUUCAAUUUUGUUUUCCUAUAUAUUAAUAUCUUAAUUCCCGAUGUUGGCCGUCUGGACGACGACACGCUCGUGGGUUUUUAAACGUCAUAGUUGGAACUGAUUAUUUUUAUUUUUUCAUUAUUAUUUUUAGGUAUACUAUUUUUGUUUUCCCCGUUACAAUUAUACUUUAUACAUAAAUUAUAUACUACACGAUAUACCUAUAUAUACUCUACGUUGAAAUCUAAAAACUACUCAAUAUAAUCUUUACCUAUUAUAUUAUACUACUAUUAUUAUUAUUAUAUAUUAUAUCAUUACACUAGCACAAAAUUAUUCUAAGCACGCUUACAUAUUAUACUAUAUAGCACGCGAACUAUAAUGUUAUAAUCUUCGAAAUGAAAAGGAAAAAUGAAAAAAAUAACAAUAACACCAUUAAAUAUAUAUAUAUAUAUAUCAUAACACAACUAUAUUAUAUUUAUAUUUUUAUUAUAGUCCAGACUGUUUAACUUACUGAACUAACCUAUAACUAUGCCGAUUUUUGUACUCAACAUAUUUUUAAUCACCAAGUAAAUAUCAUCAUAUUAUUAUAUAGGUAUAUAUUGUUUUAUUACUAUAACUAAUAUU